AUGCCCGGGACGGUGCUGCUGCUCUGCCUGGCCCUCGGGCCGGUCCUGCGCGCCAGGUGUGAGAGCACAGAGGAAUAUGAUUAUGAUUACCUCAGCAUCAAUAAAACCUGGGUCCUCACGCCCAAGGCACAGGAGACUGAUGCCACGCAGAUCCUCAACUCGCUGCUCAAGAACUAUGACAACAAGCUGAGGCCUGACAUUGGCAUCAAGCCCACGUUCAUUGAUGUGGAUAUCUACGUGAACAGCAUCGGGCCCGUGUCUGUCAUCCAGAUGGAAUACACCAUUGACAUCUUCUUUGCUCAGACGUGGUACGACCGGCGCCUGCGGUUCAACAGCACCUUGAAGGCGCUGACGCUGAACACCAACAUGGUGAGCCGCAUCUGGAUCCCUGACACCUUCUUUAGGAACUCCAAACGGGCUGAUUCCCACUGGAUAACCACUCCUAAUCAGCUCCUCCGCAUCUGGAAUGACGGAAAGGUGCUCUACACCCUCAGGCUGACAAUCGAGGCUGAAUGUCUGCUCCAGCUGCAGAAUUUCCCAAUGGACACCCACUCCUGCCCUUUGGUUUUUUCCAGUUAUGGAUACCCUCGGGAGGAGAUUGUCUAUCGCUGGAGACGCUACUCCAUCGAGGUCUCUGACCAGCGCACCUGGAGGCUCUACCAGUUCGACUUCACGGGGCUGAGGAACACCUCGGAAGUCCUCAGGACUGGGGCAGGGGAGUACAUGGUGAUGACAGUGUCUUUUGACCUAAGCAGACGUAUGGGUUACUUUGCCAUUCAGACCUACAUUCCCUGCAUCCUGACUGUUGUUCUUUCCUGGGUUUCCUUCUGGAUCAAGAGAGACUCCACGCCAGCCAGGACAUCUCUGGGUAUCACCACUGUGCUCACCAUGACCACCCUGAGCACCAUCUCCCGCAAGCACCUCCCCCGUGUUUCCUACAUCACAGCCAUGGACCUCUUUGUCUCUGUGUGCUUCAUCUUCGUCUUCGCCGCUCUCAUGGAGUACGCCACGCUCAACUACCUGGUGGGAAACAAGAAACCACUGGAGCACAGCCACAGGAAAGCCAGGCUGCCACCUGCCGGUGCACAGGUGAUGCCAACCUUCACCACCAUCAACAUCAACCACAUCAUGCACUGGCCCCCGGAGAUAGAGGAGGAUGAGGAUGACGACCCCGGCUCCCCGUGCCUGGAGGGAAAGGAAUGUGAGAGGUUCUUUUGCUGCAUCGAGGACUGCCAGACGGGAAUGUGGCGGGAGGGGAGGGUCCGCAUCCACAUAUCCCGCCUGGACUCCUACUCCCGCGUCUUCUUCCCCACCGCUUUCCUGCUCUUCAACAUCGUCUAUUGGAUUGCCUAUCUCUAUCUCUAGCCCUUCUUUGUCCUCAGCUGGGACAGACUGGGCACCAGCAAGAGGGGCUUCUC